AUGUCGCCUCACUGGCUGCAUACGACGGCGUCGACGUGGGAACAGGCGAAGCGUGAACCCAUCCCGGAUCCGACAUCGCAACCUGCGCCUGUGGAUACGAAGGCAUCUACGACAGCCGCGUCGUCGCCUCUGCACUCGGUGUGGACGACGUUGCGUGAUAUGGCGCGCUCGCGGCAGCGUGGGGCGGAUGGGAGUGCGAGUCGCUUCCCGGCGAUCCGGCGAUUGAUUACGCUCAUGGUGCCCGAGUACCGUGGCAUGCUUGUGGCGAUGCUCUUGCUUCUGGUGGCAUCAGGUGUCUCGCUCUCGGUGCCGUUCACCAUUGGCAAGGUAGUGGACUUUUUCUCGACGCCGGAAGCGACGCUGCCGCUGGGCCUGGGUAUGAGCACGGUAGCCGUGCUUCUUCUGACGGUGUUUGCGCUUGGCGCGGUAGCGCGUGCGAGCUCGAACAUUAUGCUGGAGUUGGCGGGUGUGCGUGUGAUUCAGCGUAUGCGGGAGCGUGCGUUUGCCAGUGCGCUCAAGCAGGAGGUGGCGUUCGCCGAUAAGGGCGCAGGUGAUACUGUGAGCCGGAUCAAUAUGGAUUGCAACAUUGUCGGUGAAGCUGUCACGACUGACCUGGCCGAUGGUUUGCGGUCGGCUGUCACGGUGAUGGCGGCUACCUCUGCGAUGUUUUAUAUUUCGACGAAGCUGACGCUGGUCAUGAUGAUGGUCAUUCCGCCUGCGGCGCUGGGUGCGGCGUUCUACGGUCGGUUCCUGCGCAACCUGACCAACCGUACACAGGAUGCCGUGGGUGUGAUGACACGCACGGCCGAGGAGCGAUUGAACCCGCCGGCGUUCCGUACGAUCACCGCUUUUAAUACACAGGGACUGGAAGCGAAGCGCUUUAACGGGCGUGUGCAGGACAUUGCAGCGCUGCAGACCAAGGAGGCGUACGCGGGCGGCAUCUUCCAUUCGGGCCUGGGCUUCGUGGGCAACUGUGCGAUUGUCACGCUGCUGACGUACGGUGGCCAUCUCGUGAGUUUGGGCCAGCUGACGGUCGGCGACUUGACAUCGUUGCUGAUGUACACGGCGUACCUGGGCGGCGGUGUGAUGCUUAUGACGAGCUUCUUUACGUCGCUGAUGAAGGGCGUCGGUGCUGGUGCGCGUGUGUUUGGCUUGCUGGAUCGGGAGCCGCACAUCCCUCUUGGCGAGGGCCAGCGUUUGGACGUUGCGAAGAUCGAUCAGCGGGGCGCGCAUAUCCGCUUUGAUCAGGUGCAUUUCCGGUACCCGACGCGCCCUGAAGUGUCUGUCCUCAGUGGCGUGAACAUUGAUAUUCCGCCGGGCACGAGUGUGGCGCUGGUCGGCGGCUCUGGCGCGGGCAAGUCGUCUGUGCAUGCGCUGCUUCUGCGGUUCUACGAGCCGGAGUCGGGUGUGGUAUCGCUUGAUGGCCAGGACAUUCGUGAGUUUACGCCCGAGUCGCUGCGCGAUGUCAUGGGCGUCGUGCCGCAAGAGCCGAUCCUCUUCGAAGGCACCAUUGCCGACAACAUCUUGUACGGCUCGCCAAAGGCGACGCGGGCGGAUAUGGAGCGUGCGGCGCGAGCUGCACACUGCACGGAGUUUAUCGAGGCGCUGCCGCAAGGCUUUGAUACACAUAUUGGGCCUCGUGAGCUGAGUGGUGGGCAGCGUCAGCGUAUUGCGAUUGCGCGGGCCCUGGUCCGCGAGCCGCGUGUCUUGCUGCUCGACGAGGCGACGUCCGCGCUGGACUCUGCGUCGGAGCUGCUGAUCAACGAGGCGAUCACGUCGAUUAUUCGCGAGGGACGCACCACCGUCUGGAUUGUGGCGCACCGUUUAAGCACGAUUCGUGCGGCGGAUACCAUUCUCAUGCUGGAGCAGGGCCAGAUUGUCGAGGCUGGCUCGUUUGAGCAGCUGGAUCAGCCUGGCUCGCGCUUCCGUGCGUUGAUGCAGUCGCAGUUGACGGCGCCCACACCAACGUCGUCUCCGUCGCUUCGUCCUGCGCCGGGGCUAACGCGCGCCUAUUCCACGACCGCCCGACCUUUCCGCCACGUACCCGCCAAGCCGGUGUGGAGUGUGCAGGAGGCCUUGCGUGCGGCGGAGCAGCGGGAGAGCGAGACGCCCAUGCUGGACGAUGCGACGCUCGCGCGUAUGUUCCGCUUGGCCGCGCUGCAAGUGCCUGCGUCCUCGGAGGCUUGGGAACAUUGCCGCAACGAGCUGGAGCCUCUGGUUGCGAUCAUGCAAAUGACACAGUCUCUUGACGACGUGCCUGAGAUCGAUCCUGAGCACGGCCUUAGUGCGACGCCGACGUCGCAUCCCAGUCAUGGCGCCGACGUCGCCCCGGACGCAGGCACGCAGCCCGUAUCGCCGACCGCCUGGCCGUGUGGUGGACAUUGGCGUCAUGGCUACCUGGUCGCACCUCGCUUAUCAUCGUCGUCGUCGUAG